AGGGCUCCGGGCGCGAGCCGGGCUCCCGCAGCAGCACAUUCAUCGGCUGCCAAGAGGAGCCGCCGGGCGCUCGCAGGCUCGCAGGCUCGCAGGCUGGGCGCGCGCUGCUCUCGGGAGGACCGAGCCACCGACUCAAACCCAGCCACCGUCGCCUCCUCUCCGCGCGAACCAUGGCCGGCCUCGGCCACCCCUCCGCCUUCGGCCGGGCCACCCACGCCGUGGUGCGGGCUCCGCCCGAGUCCCUGUGCCGCCACGCGCUGAGGCGCUCGCAGGGCGAGGAGGUGGAUUUCGCUCGCGCCGAGCGCCAGCACGAGCUCUACGUGGGCGUGCUGGGCAGCAAGCUGGGGCUGCAGGUGGUGCAGCUGCCCGCCGACGAGAGCCUGCCCGACUGCGUGUUCGUGGAGGACGUGGCCGUCGUGUGCGAGGAGACGGCCCUCAUCACCCGCCCCGGGGCGCCCAGCCGCAGGAAGGAGGUUGACAUGAUGAAAGAGGCUUUGGAAAAACUUCAGCUCAACAUAGUAGAGAUGAAAGAUGAAAAUGCAACUUUGGAUGGUGGGGACGUCCUAUUCACAGGCAGAGAAUUUUUUGUGGGCCUUUCCAAAAGAACAAAUCAACGAGGUGCUGAAAUCUUGGCUGAUACUUUUAAGGACUACGCAGUCUCUACAGUCCCUGUGGCCGAUUCUUUGCAUUUAAAGAGUUUCUGCAGCAUGGCCGGACCCAACCUGAUUGCAAUAGGGUCCAGCGAAUCUGCACAGAAGGCCCUCAAGAUCAUGCAACAGAUGAGUGACCAUCGUUAUGACAAGCUCACUGUACCCGACGACAUGGCCGCCAACUGCAUAUAUCUAAAUAUCCCCAGCAAAGGGCAUGUCUUGCUGCACCGAACCCCAGAAGAGUACCCAGAAAGCGCAAAGGUCUAUGAGAAACUCAAGGACCAUCUACUGAUCCCUGUGAGCAACUCGGAGAUGGAAAAGGUGGACGGCUUGCUCACCUGCUGCUCCGUUUUUAUUAACAAGAAGAUAGACUCCUGAGCCAGAGAGUCCCUUCCCUGUGGCCAGCAAGUGGCCGAGGCCAGGCUGAUGGCUCUGUACCUAUUCCUCCUUUUUCCUUUGACAAUCUACUGGGCCACUGUGCUACUAACUCUUGUUUACAAAAAAAGAAAAGAAAAACUAAUUCCAAUUUUAAUCACCUCAUUCCCCACACCCUCCUUUUCCUCACGGUGGUACCUAACCUGUGCAUUCGCUAAAAGAAUUAAGCAACCUAGGAAAUACAGAACUAACGAAUCAUUGGAAUGCAAUUGAUAGCGUGGAAGCCCCUCACUUCAGUGUUUGUGUCCUUAAUGUGGGAAUGAUUUAGCUGCAGGGCAUUCUGAAGACUGUCUUCCCGGCCAGCCAGAUAAGCAAGGGACUUUCUCUGUAUCAUGAAUCAAGCUUGGCUCCUGUGAAAUUCCCUAGAACGUGGAUUUUUUUUCCCAUUCCCCUCUCUUCUCGCCCCUAAAAACCUUUCUUCUGGGUCUUUCUGUGGUCUUCUCCGCUUCUUUCGUAAUCGCCUUGACCUUGGAUUUACCCAAGCUCUUGCGUUCUGGAUGUCAUCCCGAAGGUCCAACCUGUGUGCACUCCUCUCUCUCUGCCUUACAGCCACCUCUCCACCACCAGCAGCAAGUCAGAGUGGCUGGUCGGGGAACAGGAACCUCACAGAGGCACACCCUGACAGGCUUUCCCAUUGCCACACCUAGGAAGGUAAAUCCAGCCUCAGGUGGUUGAUGCAGGAUGUUAGAUACAGAUGCCUAGAAACACCCCAUGGGUACAUCUUAGAGAGACUGAGUCACAUGCCAUGAGUUUGCCUCAUGACUAGUCCUGUAGUAUGGAGGGAAGUCUUUCUCCACUCCACCACCUCCGCCUUUCUGAGCUUCCUUCUGACUCGCCUUGUAUCUACCCCCUUAGAAUCAUCAUGAUCUUGAGAAAGUCAUUUCCUUCAAAAGAGGCAGAGCAUGUACAAUGAUUGCUGAUGGUCCGGGGAGAGCCAGAGGGGGCUGCCUCCACCCAGGCCUGGGAGCGCAGUCAGGAAAUGGUUCCUAAGGUCAGCCUCAAACAAUGUCUGAGUCUCCUGUGAAAUAUCCAUGAUUGUUUACUGUGGAAUUCAAGUGAAACUUCAAAUUACACAAUGCUCAGCUGGCACAGGUCGCUCACAGAGAGCCAUGCAUGCCACAGCAAAGAAGGAGAGCAUUCCUUUUUUUUUUUUUUUUCUUAAAAGCUGAAACAGAGCAGGGACAUGGUGCUUUACAAUGCACAGUGACCCAGCCAGGCAUGUCAUCAAAGUUCUGGUCACUUCUACCUUUGCUGUACAGUCUGCAGUUUGUCAUUCAGUAUUUAAAGUUCAGGAGACAAAGACUAAGUCAGAUCUAUCUCUCCUUUGUGAUCAGUGUUUCUCAUAAUGAAGACAAGAGAGGCUGGUCUCCAUUGCAUUCCCCCCAGUGGAUAGAAGUGAGACAAUCAGGGCAUCCUUCAUCACUCUUCUCAUAUUUGGCAAUCUCUCUGAAGACAUCUCCAUCUCUUCCUUGCUUCUCUAACUUUAGACUCAUAGCACAUGCAAAUAUCUAACUCUGUGCACCCUGCGAAUGAACCAUAUCCUGAUCACUGUCAUAUUUCACAACAUAUCAUGAGUGAAUAAUUAUGUUUUUUCCAGGGUAAAUGAAUGUGAGCCAGUUGCCUAAAUUAAUAAAGAAAACUUGUUCUCAGCAAUUAUGGUUGCCUUUGGGGGUUAAAUUUGACCAUAUACUAGUAAAAACAAUUUCUCCUUGAGAGAGGUGACCAUCUCAAAAUCCACCACAGGAAAAACAGCCCACUGUAUAUGUACCAGCAUGCAACUGUCACUGACGUCCUUUCUCUCAUCCUGUUACGUGCAGUCAGUUACGAGUGAGUAGAUUUUCCAUGGCAACGGUUUCUUCUACCAGAGGUGGUUUUCCAGUUCCCGUUUCCUUUGCGCUCCUCUUUCCUUGUUUGUCCUGAGAAAUUGACUAGAGUUGCUGCCUCUUCCCCAUCUUACUCUGCUCUUCAGACCCCCUGUGUGAUUCAGAGAUGUGAACACGCAAAAUACACGCAGCAUUGCCCCUUCGAUGUUCUCAUCACAUAACGUUACCUCUAAAAGGGAAAAUCAUUGCCCCAGUUCCCCUCUCGUCCGUUGUGUCUCACAAAGAUGGGAAGACCAACAAAAAUGCUUCUUGAUAUUACAACAAUGUGAGGAGUUACAUUUAACUAAGUCUAUAGCUUGGGUAAGAAGGAUCAGGUCAGUAUGAGUUGGUUUAGUGAAGAGAUGAGCUAGAAGGAUUGCAUAGUUAGCACUAUGUCUUUAACUGGUGGGUUGCUGUACCAAUUGGUUGCAGAUCUCCACAGCGUGUUCAUUGCACUAAAAUGCUACUAGGAACCAAACACUAAGGCCGUCAUCUCUAUAUCUCUAAGAAGGGAAGUUAGGCCAGGCUGUAGUCUCACAGUGUGGCCUGUGUAGGGUUGCAUGCUACUCUCUAAGACAUUCAGACAUAGUUUCUGUGCGGUGUUAGGUUUGUGCUUUUUUUUUUCUAUCUUCUUGCCUGCCAUCUUCCAGCCAAUGUGUGGUUAUCCAGUCUGUGUGCCAAAGUCAGCCAUAUCUCCCACGACCUGUUAGUCCAGAGGAGUUCUGCACCGACGCUAGUUGCCAGCUGCCUGCUCCUAAUGUACACCAGUCAAGACAGAAUAAAAUGUGAGUUGUACCGUG